UUGAUAAUAAAUAUUAAAUAUAAUAAUAAUAACAGUAGCUGCAAGCAAUGGCCUGUAGCUCUAACAGAAGAGCUCUUUGCUGGUGUGGAGGAGAUGAAAUGAUAAGAGGUGCAGUGAAGGUGGCAGGCAGAGGGUUCCUAGUAGGAGUGGGGUUGCAUCUGGGGCAGCAGCUCGUCCGUGGUGUGGCUUCAGGGAAGAUCCUAGCACAGUACGUAAGCCCUUGGACAUUACUCCUUUCACUGUGUGUGUGUGUGGUUAGCCCUGCAGUGUUUCUGAGAUAUCUACCAUUGGUGGACUGUGUGCGCUUUGCCUCCUUCAUUGCUGCUGCUGGAUCCACUUAUAAGCUCACUCUCUCACUCCUCCGACAAGCCUAUAACACUGACAAUGGUUGGCCGGCAGUGGUGGCUGGUUGUGCUGCUGGACUCACCUCUUUGAUUGAUGACCCCAGUCGACGACGCACACUCUCACUCUUCAUCCUGGCACGUGCUCUGGGAGCGCUGGUGCUCACUCUGCACAGACGUGGGAAACUACCAACUGUUCCUUAUUUUGUAGUGCUGGCUUUUGGUGUUUGUGAGUCCCUCAUCAUCUAUAGCACGGUACAUUAUCCGACCCUCCUACCACGGAGCUAUUACACUGCCAUCCUCAGCUGGUCACGCUACUUCACCGAGGAUAAACUGAAACUAUUUUUCCGUGUACCCUCCCUCCACUUCCUGCCAUGCUCAGCUGGACUACAUCCUGGGUCUUGUAAUUCUUAUGCUCUCACGGAUUUCUUCCAUUCUCUGUUCCUUUACAUCAAGAUCUACUUGAGUAUCUACUCCCUGCCGUUAGUACUGUUCAGAACAAAGUCCCUCUGGACACACACAAUCACUGCUCUGAGGACACUGCUCAAUAAUACGCUUGUAUCAGCACUCUUCCUGGCAGUAGAUGGAGCGCUAGUCAAGUACACACUCUGUCUGCUCAGGAACGGGUACGGACAUGCCCCCCCUCUGCCCGCCUGGAUAGCACUCUUGUCUGGCUUCCUCGGAGCCGCUGGUCUACUCAUUGAAAGACACUCACGACGAUUAGAGCUACUCUAUUAUGUUCUACCUCAGGUGUUGUAUGGUGUGUGGCGUGUGUUGUGCAUCAAGAAGCCACUCAACUUACACAAGAUACCGUGCGGUUCAGUGUGGGUGUUCUGUGCUUCUUUGGCUGUCAUCUUCCACUCUUUUGAACGAGAGCAUCUCUCACUCUCCCCUCUUAUCAACACUGCACUGCAUCGACUGCUAGACACUUGAACUAUUAUUUUAUACAAUAUUUUUGUGAUUCCUUUGAUUUCCUGUGCAAGCUGGUUUUGCAUGCAAUGAAUAAUGUUAUUGUGUGGUUUG